GUGAAUGAGAGUGAUGAUUUAUUAAUUUGACAACCACAAAAAUAAAAAUAUAUGAUGAUGAAACUAAAUACAAGUAUGAUGAGCAUUGCUUCACACCACCAGGGGUCUCCAAUCGCAAUGACACUUCUUCAAUUAACACCCAAAAACGUGGCCGUCGUUGGCGGCGGUGCUGCAGGCUUAGUGGCGGCGCGCGAGCUUAAAAAGGAAGGCCACAAAGUUGUGGUAUUCGAGCGUGGGGCCCAGUUAGGUGGGACCUGGGUUUACUCGUCCGAGGUAGAGUCUGACCCGCUUGGACUCGACCCAACUCGGAAAAUCGUUCAUUCUAGCCUCUACAGCUCUCUCAGAACUAAUCUUCCUAGAGAAGUUAUGGGCUUCAGUGAUUUCCCCUUUGUUGCUUCUGGAAAGGCGAACAGAGAUUCACGAAGGUUUCCAGGUCAUGAAGAGGUGUUGAGAUACUUAGAAGAUUUUGCCAACGAGUUUAGGCUUCAAGAGUUGAUUCGUUAUCAGACUGAGGUGUGCCAUGUUGGAUUGGAGACAAAAGGAAAGUGGAAGGUGAAAUCUAGAAGCUAUGUUGGAGAUGAUGAUAGUGAAUUCGAUGAAACUUAUGAUGCUGUGGUUGUCUGUAAUGGACAUUAUGCUGAACCGCGCAUUGCUGAAAUUCCCGGCAUUGAGCAUUGGCCUGGAAGGCAAAUUCAUAGCCACAAUUAUCGUAUUCCAGAGCCUUACAAGGAUCAAGUUGUAGUAUUGAUAGGAAGCUCCGCUAGUGCUGUUGAUAUCUGCCGAGAUCUUGCUGCAUUUGCCAAAGAAGUUCAUGUUGCAUUGAGAUCAAAACCAGAUGGAAAUUACGGGAAGCAAACAGGUUACAAUAACCUGUGGCUUCAUCCAAUGAUUGAAAGAGCUCAUGAAGACGGUAGAGUUACAUUCAAAGAUGGUAGUGUGGUUCUUGCAGGAAUCAUUCUUCACUGCACAGGCUACAAGUAUCAUUUUCCUUUUCUUCGUAAUAUUGGUGCCGUAAAAGUUGAUGAUAAUCGUGUGGGGCCACUUUACAAGCAUGUAUUUCCACCUACAUUAGCCCCAGGGAUCUCCUUUGUUGGUCUCCCGUGGAAGGUUGUACCUUUCAUCCUUUGUGAACUUCAAAGUAGGUGGAUAGCAGGGACUUUAUCGGGCCGGAUAUCACUUCCAUCAGAAGAGAAAAUGAUGGAUGAUAUUGAAGUUUUCUAUGCAAAAUUGGGUGCUGCAGGAAUUCCAAAGCGGUAUACUCAUAACAUCGGUGAUCAUCAGUUUGAAUAUGAUGAUUGGCUUGCUGAGGAAACAGGAAGCCGUCUCAUUGAGGAAUGGAGAAAGGGCAUGUAUCGUGCAACUAGCCUCCGAAAGAGAUCUCAACCGGAGACAUAUCGUGAUGAAUUUGAUGACGAAGACUGGAUCAUGCCAGCAUAUCAAGAUUUUAAGCAAUACUUGCCUGUUGUACACAGCGCUGUCGUUUCCUCUUCUGCACUUUGAUUUUAACUUCAUUUCAUUUGUUAUACAAGUCUGGGCUCGUUAAGCAUUAUCAUGUAGCCGUGCCCUGCCUUUAUAAGCCAGAUUUUACUGGUAUGAUGGUAUGGUAUGUAGCCGUAUAAGGUUAUAUUUGUAUACCGAUUUGACAUGACAAGGGAAAUAUAUACUACCAAAUACAAUGUAUACUGCAGACAUGUUCAUGAAGUUCGCUUGCUAUUAUUAUAUUUUCUCUUGUACUUGUUACAUUUGACUUUUUACGCAAUUCAGUUUGUUAUUUUGAUUAUUA